CGCGUAUGCGCAUGCCCAGUGUGGCAGAAGGCGCUGAGCUCUCUGCCGGCGCGCACCCGGGACGGAUCCGGCUGUCCCGGGACAGGGGGCUUCUGGGCACCUACGCGGGGUGAAGCCACCUUGGACUGGGAAAUGUUGCCCUGAGUGUGGGGUCCAGGUAUGGACUUCCUGACGGCUCCCCAGUCCCCCCCAGGGUCCCCGGCUAUGGACUUGGAGGAGCCCCAAGACCCUCGGACACUUUGCCAGGACCCCACCCCGGCCUGCCCUUGGGACCCAGCCCCUGGAGGCCCCAGCGAUCUGAGUCGCAUGGACCUGGACGGGACCCGUCUCCAGGAUCUUGUUCAGCAGUUUGAGGCCCUGCCUGGAGAUCUGGUGGGCUUGGCCCCCGAUGCGCCCCCUUGCCCCCUACACAUUGCCACUGGCCAUGGCCUGGCCCCCCCGGACACAGCUGGAGCCCACGGACUCUUGUCGACCGAGGCUGACCGGGAAGACCUGCUGAGCCUUCUGCACGGCGAAAAGCAUCCUCCUGCCCAGCCCAGCCCCGAGGAGCCCCCAGACCCGGCCCCCCGCCUGCUGCAGCCCCCUGAGGACCUGCCGGAGGAUCCGGGCCCCCCCGAGUGGGAAGAGGGAGCCUCUGCCGAACGGGGGAGCAGCCGUAGCUCCAGCAGCUCCCCGGAAGCCUGGCUGGAGACCUCACCGCUGGUGACCCCCGAAGACCCGCCCCGGGGGGCCCAGAGCCCCGAGACCCCGACUUCAUGCCCUGCCCUCCCGGAGGGUGAGUGUCCUGUCCACCCUGGCCCAGGGGCUCUGGGGUACAGAAUAGCCUCAACCAGGCUCCCCAAAUCUCAUACAGAGCUAGCCAGGAAGGAGUCCACUUCUAGAGAAGUUGUUUUCAUUUGUAGAGAGACGGCAGCAGUCCCUGGCCCCUGUGAGCACGAGGACCUCCUGGAUGGCGUGGUGUUCGGGGCCAAGUACCUGGGUUCCACGCAGCUGGUGUCAGAGCGGAACCCCCCGCCCAGCACCCGCAUGGCCCAGGCGCAGGAGGCCAUGGACCGCGUCAAGGCGCCUGAUGGGGAGUCGCAGCCCAUGACGGACGUCGACCUCUUCGUGUCCACAAAGAGGGUAAAGGUGCUGACGGCCGGCUCGCAGGAGACGCUCAUGGACCACGCGCUGCAGACCGUGUCCUACACCGCCGACCUCGGCCACGUGCUGGUGCUCAUGGCCCGGCGCAGACUGACGAGGGCCGCCCCGCACGCCACCGGCCGCCGCCUCUACCGCAUGAUCUGCCACGUCUUCCAUUCCGAGGAUGCCCAGCUGAUCGCCCAAGCCAUCGGGCAGGCCUUCGCCGUGGCCUAUAGCCAGUUUCUGCAGGACAGUGGCCUGGACCCCAGCCAGGUGGCUGCCCAGCAGAACCAAGGGACACCCGGGCCCGGCCACCUGCACAAUGGCGACCUGGAUCACUUCUCCAACAGCGAGAACUGCAGGGAGGUGUGCAUCGAGAAGCGCCGGGGCGAGGGCCUGGGCGUGGCCCUGGUGGAGUCAGGCUGGGGGUCCCUGCUGCCCACGGCCGUCAUCGCCAACCUCCUGCACGGGGGUCCCGCCGAGCGCUCAGGGGCUCUCAGCAUUGGGGACCGCCUGACCGCCAUCAACGGGACCAGCCUGGUGGGGCUGCCAUUGGCCGCCUGCCAGGCCGCCGUCCGCGAGGUGAAGUCUCAGACCCUCGUUACCCUCAGCAUCGUGCACUGCCCGCCAGUGACCACAGCCAUCAUCCGCCGGCCGCACAUCCGGGAGCAGCUGGGCUUCUGCGUGGAGGACGGCGUGAUCUGCAGCCUUCUCCGCGGCGGCAUUGCAGAACGCGGUGGCGUGCGAGUUGGUCACCGCAUCAUCGAAAUCAACGGGCAGAGCGUGGUGGCCACACCGCACGCCCGCGUCAUCGAACUGCUGACCGAGGCCCACACUGAGGUACACAUCAAGACCAUGCCCGCCGCCACCUUCCGCCUGCUCACUGGCCAGGAGCAGCCCGUGUACGUGUGAACGGCCCCGCCCCCACCAGCCCACCACUGUGCCUUAGGCCCUCCGCGCCCCGCCUUGGCUGGACCCCAAAGGAUUCUCAGCGCUCUGUGGCGCACAUGACAAAUUAAAUGCAUAUCA